ACUGCCGUGCGCCCGUGCUGCUGUUUGAUACAUAUACCAUUUUAUAACAUAAUACAGUUUCUAUUAUUAUUAUUAUUAUUAUUAUUAUUAUUAUUCUUUCUUCUGUGUUCCUUUAUUUUCCAUUCGCUGGAACACGGGUACGGGUAUCUCGCACAAAUACUACGCUUAGCACUCAGUACUCACUACUCAGCAUCUGUCCCCGCAAGAGUGUAACAUUUUUUAAUCUAAACCACUUUUGGGUGACGAAAUCAAUUUUAAUGUCAGAACUACAGUCGGCGCUAUUAUUAAAGAAACAACUGACUGAAUUGCACAAGAACCCAGUAGAAGGGUUCUCUGCUGGUCUCAUAGAUGAUAAUGAUAUUUACAAAUGGGAAGUGCUCAUUAUUGGACCUCCAGACACCUUGUAUGAAGGAGGAUUUUUCAAGGCUCAUGUUAAUUUUCCAAAGGAGUAUCCAUUAAGGCCACCAAAAAUGAAAUUUGUUACUGAAAUUUGGCACCCUAAUAUUGAUAAAAGUGGUGAUGUUUGUAUAUCAAUACUUCAUGAACCCGGUGAUGAUAAGUGGGGUUAUGAAAAAGCAAGUGAACGUUGGUUACCAGUGCAUACUGUUGAAACUAUACUGAUAUCAGUUAUUUCAAUGUUGGCCGAUCCAAAUGAUGAAAGUCCAGCUAAUGUAGAUGCAGCUAAAGAUUGGCGUGAUAAUUAUCCAGAAUUCAAACGCAAGGUUGCACGUUGUGUGCGUAAGAGUCAAGAGGAUAUCUAAUAACAAAUUUGCCAGUUGCUCUACACACAUGUUACCAACGUAUAAAUCAAUUAUUGAUGCCAGGGUAGCAAAAUGUAGAGCAACCAACAACAUUUUAUAUAAUGUGAUUUAUAAAUGUAAGUUUUUUUUUUUCAAAACAUCUAAUAAAAUAAGAUAUACUAUCUUUAAAAUAUCUGUAUCUUAAAAAUAUCCUAUAAACUGUACUUAGUACAAUAAAAUAUUAUAUUAGGUUAUUAUCUUGAACAAAUAGAUAAUAUGUUACGGAAUUCUUAAAUUUGAUCAUGUGUUUAAAAAUUAAAUAAUAAAAAAGAAAGUGUACUUUUUUUUUAAAAGUAUGCUCUGAUCUUCUACAAAUUUGUGUUUACUUUUUAUUCCUAGAGUGUAAUCUUCAAACAAUUUUAGCUUGAAUUUCCAAUGUAGUUGCAUUUAUCAAUGGUUUAAGCAUUGCUUAUCCUAAUUUAAUGUUUGUAUUCAAAUACAAUUUUGGGUCGUAUUUGUCUAGUGUAAAUAAAAAUUUAAUUAUAAUGUUAUUUUAUAAAACAAAAAGUAUACAUAUAUCUAGUUAUAUUUUUUAAAAACAACAAAUACCUAAAUGUACAGUCACAUACCUACUGAAAUUAAUUAACAUAGUGAUCAUGUCUUACCUAUGACACUUAUUAUAUUAUUAUCCAAAGUUACAUCGUCAUUUUAUAAAUUUGUAAUAUGUAUAUAGUACUAACUUAUGUUCCAAUGUUCAUCUAUUAUAAGAAUUUAUUAAUACGAAUUCAUGUUGUUGUUUUUUUUAGAUGUAGGGUCCUCUUGGACAAAUUUUUUAACAAAUUUUUAUUUUUAUUAAUAUUAUUAUUUGUAAUAACUACAUUUUAGGAUAUUAUAGAUCAAUUAUUUUAACUAA